AUGUUCUAUGCUUAUGCUCCAAAGAGCAACCUUGGUUUUGUGAAGGGCUUUUACAUGGCCAUCAAUAUUGGCUACUCCAUCGGUUUCGGAUACCCCUCUGAGAAUUCCUAUGGCAACUACAUUUACUUUUCCAGCAUGUAUGUACUAUUGGGUGCCUCCUUUGUUGGUGUGGCGCUAUCUUUCUUUGCUGAAAAGAUUACCAUAGACUCUGAAUCAUGGUUCUCCAGAAUGCAGUAUGAGAGAGAUAUUAGAAGGGACAUGAUGUCCACAAACAGGGCUUUUCAGGGUAGAGUGCGUGCAUGGAUCCACAAGAACAAGAAGGCAUUAAGAGCUGUGUCAGUUUGGCUUGGAAUGAUCGUUGCCAUGAUUGUUUACUCCAUGGUUGUGGUUAAGUGGACCUUUGGAGAAGCACAGUACUUUGCCAUCUCAACACUCAGCACUGGAGGCCAUUGGCCAAUCCCAAAUGACUCCCCAACCUGGUUGUUUGGAGUGACGGGGGUAUUCACAAUGAUUGGUGUUCCCAUUAUGGGGUUGGCAAUGGCUGAAAUUGCCCAAGUCCUUGUGCACCAAGGGAAUUUGGAUGAAACCAAAGCAACAGUUGACGCAGUAGUUACCAAGGAGGAGCUGGAGUUUCUUGAAGAACUUGGGCUGGACAACUUUGAUGGAGAAGUUGACAAAGCUAUGUUCAUCAUUCUGUGCAUGGUCCGCAUUGGAAAUGAUCCAGGCUUGAUCAAGUACAUAACACAGAGAUUUGCUGAACUGAACUUUUACACUGGCAAAUCAUUGACGGUUGCAGAAAUCACCCAUGGAUCCUGUAGGUAUGUGGGAGGGCAAAUUCGCCGAAUGACAUCUUUGAGGGCUGUGAGGGGGUCAACACUGCAAGCUGUUUCGGAAUUCCAGAUUGUGGUAUCCGAUGAUGAUUGUGAUGAUGACGACUCUGAUAGCUUCCGCGCAGACGCAUCGGAUGAUGAUCUGACCUUUUCUGAGAACGGUGUGUCACGGAGAAGUUACUAUUCACCCAUGUUUUCAAAUCGCACGCAGAGGGAGCAAGACGUUGAUGAAGAAAUCUUGAGCUUUGUCUCCCCAUCAGACACCUUGAGCAAGGGUGAAUCGCGUUCAAACAGAAGAAAUGCUGCAAAUGGAGAAGAUAAGGCUAUGUUGACUUCAAUUUGUGAAAACGACGAAAGCCAGGAACCUGAGAUCCUAGCAAAAGCUGUUGUGCCUGAAGCUUCACCACAGGAAGAGCUGUCUUCAAACAACCACAACUACGACAACUACAGCAACACCAUCAACACCAUCAAUCGCAAUAAAGCACUGUCCUCCCUGAUGCCAGCAAACAGAGGCAAUGAUGAGAAGGAUGGCUCUGAGGUACAACAGGACAGCGCUGUCGGAGUACAUCUCUUGCAGGAUGAAGAAGUAUCUUCAAAUGGCGACAAGGGGAAAGAAAAUGAUACCGGUAUUGAUGCCCGGCGCUUGAUCCUACCGGUAGGCACCAAUGAUGUAGGAGAGCACAUAGAAUCAAAAAGAAAGGAUGAAGAUGACCAGGAUUCCAACCAUGAUGUGGAAUCUCCCCGGGAGGUUUUCCUUGACGAAGAAAUGUCGACUGAUACCGGUAACAACAAUCAACGUUUUGGUAUCUGCAGGAGUAGCACAACAAGUUCACAUUUCCGAGGCAGCAUUGCAAGCUCAGAAUCCUCCUUUCUGAGGAACCUUGUUCAGAAAUUUGGAGUGCCAUCGUUACCAAGCGCGCGGUCCAGCAUAUUGAAACAUGACAGCAAGGAACCAACAAGGCCUAGUUCUAUUGCUUUCAAGGGCGCUUCAUUUGACGCAACAGCAAACUCGACAACUUCGGCAGGCAAUGCAAUUCAGAGAUUUGUGAAUGAUCUGAGACAAGAGUGCUCCUCUGGUCAACCUGCCAACAUUCCACCAGUUGAAGAGGUGAAUCCAACCAUCAAACCAACCUGUGUUUCGUCGAAUGGCUGA